UUCCACAGGCGAGGAUCAGGCUGCCCCAGUGAUGCAGGGAGCAGGGCAAGGGACCAGUUUCAGCCUCAAGUGCAUCAAGGACAAGAGGGUCCCCAUUGGGGUCACUGUGGUGGUGGCCGCGCUGCUCGUGGCCAUCCUGGCGCUGGCAGUAAAGAAGUCCCCGUCCUGCCCCCCCUGCCCCACUCCCUCCCAUUCCGGCUGCCGGGAGCACGGGAUCGGCUACAGGCAGAGGUGCUUCUACUUUGUGGAGGAUGCAGCAGAGUGGAACCAGAGCGAGAGCUUCUGCCAGACCCUCGGAGCACACUUGGCCUCCAUCCGCACGUGGGAGGAGCUGCGUUUCCUCGUGCGCUAUGGGGGCUCCCGGCACCACUGGAUCGGGCUCCGGAGGGAAGGAGCCGCUCCAUGGAUGUGGGUCAAUGGGACCCUCUUCAACAACGAGUUCCAAGUCCGCGGUAGGGGACAAUGUGCCUUUGUGGAUGGAGACGGGAUCAGCAGCGACUGGUGCUCCCUGAUGAAGUUCUCCGUGUGCAGCCACCCCCAGGCCGGGAGCCGCAGCGAUCCCGAAGGCUGGAAUCUCACCUGAAACCUGCGGCUGCUUUGGUGCUCUCGGUCCUUCGGUGGGGAAAUAUAGGGGCGAA